UUCUACGAAUGUGCAAUAAUAAAUCGGACACUGGACAGCAACUGCUAUAGCUUCCAUUGUUCCUUCAGAAAUCAGAAUCAGAGCGCAAUGGCCAAUCCCUCCACUGCCGUUUCUGGCAGAACGCCAAUAACUCACGUCGUUUUUGACAUGGAUGGUCUCUUGCUCGACACAGAGAAGUUCUAUACUGAAGUUCAGGAAAUUAUACUUGCUAGAUACAAUAAAACCUUUGAUUGGAGCCUCAAGCCAAAGAUGAUGGGAAAGAAAGCAAUAGAAGCUGCUAGGGUCUUUGUUGAAGAGUCUGGAAUUAGUGACAUUCUUAGUCCUGAGCAAUUUCUAGUAGAAAGAGAGGAGAUGCUGCAGAAAUUGUUUCCGACAAGUGAGCUGAUGCCAGGUGCUAGCCGGUUAAUCAGGCAUCUACAUGCAAAAGGAGUUCCAAUUUGUUUGGCAACUGGUUCUCACAGGCGACAUUUUGAAUUGAAAACUCAAAGACAUCGUGAAAUCUUUUCUUUGAUGCAUCAUGUUGUUGUUGGUGAUGACCCUGAAGUUAAACAAGGCAAACCAUCACCGGAUGUAUUUCUUGCAGCAGCCAAGAGAUUUGAGGGUGGACCAGUAGAUCCUUGUAACGUUCUUGUUUUCGAAGAUGCGCCCUCAGGAGUUCUUGGAGCUAAGAAUGCUGGGAUGUCUGCUGUUAUGGUUCCUGAUCCAAGGCUGGACAAAUCUUUUCAUGAUGCAGCAGAUCAGGUUUUGAACUCACUGUUGGAUUUCAACCCUAGUGAGUGGGGUUUACCUCCAUUUGAAGAUAAUUAAAGCUGAACUUGAGUUUCUAUUGCUGUGUUUCAUUUUUACUGCGGACUGACAAAGCUGCACAUCUUUUGCACAACUAAAUCGAUAAGUAAUUAAUUCAUCUUCAUAGACUGUCAGUUACAUUGUUUGACCUUUAUAUUCUUGUUCUUGUAAUAAUAUUACUACAAUCAAUAUCAGCUGAGACCUUAGAAAGUCGAUAUAUUGUUUAAAUAUUUAUC